CAUCUCCCUAUGCUCCACCCUACGGUUGCCAGUGACUUCCUCCCUAGCUGUCUUUCCUUUGCAACUGUCAGAAAGAGUCUUAAACAGAAUAACGAAGAAGAUAUCUGGUCAGAAGGAAGAGCUCUGAAUCCAGAGCUAGAAAGUUUCAGCUGAAGGAGGGUUAAGAGUGGAGACAUCCAAGACAGAAUGGUCAGCUCCAGCAGUUCUUGACUUGGGGUCAGGAGGAGUGGUCAGAUACUUUGGUUGUGUGUGAUGUGGAUCCACAGCUAAAGGAAAAACUGAAGAAAUUCCGGUUCAGGAAGGAGACUAACAACGCAGCUAUAAUUAUGAAGAUUGACAAAGACAAGCAACUGGUGGUGCUGGAGGAAGAAUUGCAGGAUAUCUCUCCAGAGGAACUGAGAAGUGAGCUCCCAGAACGGCAGCCUCGGUUUGUUGUUUACAGCUACAAAUAUAUCCAUGAUGAUGGUCGGAUCUCGUACCCACUCUGCUUCAUCUUCUCCAGCCCUGUUGGGUGCAAGCCUGAGCAGCAGAUGAUGUAUGCUGGUAGCAAAAACAGGCUGGUGCAGGCAGCCGAACUCACCAAGGUCUUUGAGAUCCGUUCCACAGAAGAUCUGACGGAGCAAUGGCUGAAAGAGCGCCUGGCCUUUUUCCGCUAAUCGAUGGAGUCAUCCUGGAAAGGGGGGGUUCACUUACAUUUACUCCCACACGGAUCCUGCAAAUUAAUCCUGUGUUACAGAAAUACCAUCACAUGGGAGGUGUAAGCUGCAUACUGUUUCCAUCUUCGUCGUUGUUGUCAUUGCCACCAGCUUUUUCCUAGUCCAGAAAGUAUGAAAAUGAAAUAAAGUCACUGAACCUGUUUUCCCCCACUUUA